AAGAUUGUUUUACUUGGAUCUUGCAUUUUGCUUACAUCAACAAGUCAUGCACGUGGUACUAACCUAUGCACCUAACACUCUUACCCCCUUAAAUCAAAAUCUUACAUCUAAUUUCCUCAUAUCUUGUCACAAAUCCAAAACUUUCUCUCUUCAUAUAUAAAUAAAUAAUAAUAAUUGCAUUUGGCUAGCUAUCUUCACUUUCACAACACAACAUGACUUUUGAUGUGUUUCUUCUUAGAGACAUUGGUAUCUCACUUUUCAUCUUCUUAAUCUCAUACUUCUGCAUAAGCUUAAUUCUCAAAAACACUUCUAAAAAUCUCCCACCAGGUCCAAAAGGAUGGCCAAUUCUUGGUGUUCUACCACACUUAGGAACCAUGCCACAUGUCACACUAGCAAACAUGGCCAAAACAUUUGGACCCAUCAUGUACCUCAAAAUGGGCACUUGUGACACUAUUGUUGCCUCAAGCCCAAAUGAAGCUAAAGCGUUUCUCAAGACUUUGGAUCACAAUUUCCUAAAUAGGCCCACUAUUAUAGGUGCAACCCAUUUGGGCUAUAACUCACAAGAUCUUGUUUUUGCAAAAUAUGGACCUAAAUGGAAACUACUUAGGAAACUAACAACCUUACACAUGCUUGGUGGAAAAGCCCUACAAAAUUGGGGUAAUGUGAGAGAAAAUGAGGUAAAAAACAUGGUGAGAUCUAUUCAUGAGUUAGGGAUAAAAGGUGAAGCAAUAGAAAUUGGUGAUUUGUUGUGUUGUGCAAUAACAAAUAUGGUGAGUGAAGUUGUACUAAGCAAACGUAUAUUUGCAAAUAAAGGACAAGAAUCAAAGGAGUUUAAGGAAAUGGUUGUGGAGUUUAUGACAAUUUCUGGAGUCAACAUUGGUGAUUUUGUACCUUUUAUUGGUUGGAUGGAUUUAGGAGGUGUGGUUAGUAAAAUGAAAUGUUUGCAUAAAAAGUUUGAUGUGUUUUUGACUAAAAUGAUUGAAGAUCAUGUGAAGUGUGCUCAUGAAAGGAAAGAGAAGCCAAAUUUUUUGGAUAUUUUGAUGGCAAAUGGUGAUGAUCAUUUUGGUGAUGAGAGAUUGAGUUUGUCUAACAUCAAAGCUCUCUUAUUGAAUUUGUUCACUGCAGGGACAGAUACAUCAUCUAGCAUCAUAGAAUGGGCACUUGCUGAAAUGCUAAGAAAUCCAAACAUCUUGUUAAGGGCCCAAAAAGAAAUUGAUCAAGUGGUAGGCAAGGGAAGAAUACUAGUUGAAUCUGACCUAGAAAAAUUACCAUACCUUCAAGCAAUAUGCAAAGAGACAUAUCGUUUACAUCCAUCUACACCCCUUAGUGUUCCAAGAGUGUCAAAUGAAGCAUGCCAAAUUAAUGGUUACUUCAUUCCCAAGAAUACAAGGUUCAAUGUGAACAUAUGGGCCAUAGGGCGAGACCCGAAUAUUUGGACGGAUCCAUUAGAGUUCAAUCCCGAAAGAUUUUUAAGUGGAAAGAAUGCAAAAAUUGAUCCAAAUGGUGUUGAUUUCGAGUUGAUUCCUUUUGGAGCUGGAAGAAGGAUUUGUGUUGGGUAUAGAAUGGCUAUUGUGGUGAUAGAGUACAUUUUAGGCACAUUGGUACACUCUUUUGAUUGGAAAUUACCAAUUGGUGUUGAGCUAAAUAUGGAUGAGGCCUUUGGACUUACUUUGCAAAAGGCGGUGCCUUUGUCGGCUAUGGUUAUUCCGCGAUUGGUGACGAAUGUUUAUGUUUAAGAGAGCUACUAUAUUAUACUCUCAAUAAAUUUUUAAAAUUAAGAUCUCUUUUGAAUUUAUUCAUCCAGACCCAAUGAAAAAUGUGAUUAUUUUUUGUCAUAUGGAUGAGUAAAUUGAGAGGGGUGUAGCUUUUAAAAAAUAAUUGAGGAGAUAAAAGUAGCUCUUCUAGACACAUUAUUUAAUAUCUUGUUUGUCAUAGUUAGUUACAUACUAUUAUGUGAUAAAUUUAGGCCAUUAAAAUAAAGUUUCAAUAAGAUAUAUCAUGACUGUGUAAUAAAUUUUGUGCACGUUAUCAUUAUGAAUAGCCACAAAGUUAUUUUAUCUUCUUUUAA